AUGUGGGCUAAGCUCUAUAUCAUUGUUAUGCACUACAUUGCUGGUUUCUGUGUUAAGGUUGGAAGUGAAGUCUUACGGAAAGAAUUUGGUUGGAAGAGCGCUUUCUUUGAGAGACUGGAUAUGCCUUCGGCCUAUCCAUGGGAAUACGGAGUAUUUCCAAUGGUUAUCAUAUGGUACGUGUUUUUCGCUGUUGCUCUUCAAAUCCACGGAUUCGCUAUGUACUUUUCGUACCAUCUAGCCGCGGCUUGGACACCGAUGAAACGGGACUAG